ACCAGUGACCUCAUCGCGACUGUAUCAACUAUGCCCUCCAAGUCUCCCGCACAGUCUCUGUUAGAGAAGGCAGAUAAGAAGGCGAAUUCUUCGACCGGUUGGUUCUCGUCAUCCACUACGAAAUGGGAGGAAGCCGGGGAUCUCUACCAGCAGGCCGCUAACGCAUUCAAGAUCGAUAAACUGUUCAAGGAAGCUGGCGACGCGCAUGCUCGGGAGGCGGAGUGCAGAGAGAACUGCAAGGAGGGUAACGAAGCCGCGAAUGCGUGGUGGAAUGCAGCUAAGGCGUAUAAGAGAGUCAACCCUGAGCUGGCCAUCCAGGCGUUAACCCAGACAAUCACACAUCUCACUCAAGGAGGGCGUUUCCGACAGGCUGCGGAUAGGGAGAAGGAGAUUGGUCAGAUAUACUUGCAAGAGCUGAAUGAUCUUCGGCGAGCUUGUGACAGCUUCGAGCGGGCAGGUGAAUGGUACCAGCAAGAAGAUGCCCAGGCCACUGCGAACGCUUGCUUCAAGGACGCAGCAGACUUGCAUGCCGACUUGGAGGAGUACCCCGCUGCUAUAGCCCGCUAUGAGCAGGUGGCAGAUCAUUCGCUGACAUCGCAAUUAACGAAGUAUUCCGUCAAGGAGUACUGGCUGAGAGCAACCUUGUGCGCGCUCGCGAUGGGGGACUCCGUUGCGGCCAAGAGGAAUGUGACACGAUACAGUCAACUGGACACGACGUUCACCUCCACUCGCGAGGCUCGCUUCCUCAACGCGCUCAUCGACGCGUUUGAGGCAGGCGAUGAGCAGGCUUUCACUGCUGCGGUGGUUGAUUUCGAUCAAGUGACCCGGUUGGACAACUGGAAGACGGGUAUCUUGCUCAAGAUUAAGAGGCAGCUCCAGGAAGAAGGCAGCGGCCUCACUUAGUGCUCAACCCUCUUGGAUUAAGAUGCGCUAUGAUAUGUACGAUGUAGAGACUAUGAGGUCUGUAUCUUCGAGAUUGGACAUGACUGAAUUCCCUAUACUGGU